AUGUCUCAAAGCGAAAAAAACGAUUACAUUAAAUUUCGUUCUCUGCCUAAAAGUUUCAUGACAAUUUGCGGACUGUGGUAUUACGAAAAUUCGAGUUUAAUCUAUCGAAUUAUACCUUACAAGCAAAUUGCGAUUUGCGCUACUAUCGCAUUUGGUAUGCUGAAGUAUAUCUACGAGAAUCAUUCAAAUUUGGCUAUUGUCAUAAAAUGCUUAAGUCUUGCAACGGGUUAUUUAUUUGUAGUGUGCUUUACACUCAACAAAGAAGAUCUGAAUAAUCUCCAAAAAGCUCUCGAUCCUUAUUUGGAAGAAACAUUGAAGGAUUUAAAAAUAUCAAAAUUUAUUUUAAAAAAUGUCAGUAUUUUCAAAUACAUAACAAAAGUUCAUGCAGCAAUCAUUAUUUUUACAUCACUAUUUUAUGUUUGUAUUCCACUGUUUUUGAUAUUUUACGUGAACCAUCAUCACAUAAACGUGACUCACUAUCCUGGAUUAUACCAGACAAGUUACCUUUGGGGCAGACCUACAAAAGGACUCGGAUAUCAAAUCCAGUAUUUAUUUGAAGUGUUUGGUGCUUACACUUUGGCUGCAGUAACAAUAAGCGUAGAUACUGUAUUCAUGUUAUAUAUUUUCCAAAUUGUUGGACGCUUACGCAAUAUUUCGUACAAUAUUUCGCUUUCUGGUGACGAUAAAAAUUCAUUAUCAACCUGCGUCGUUCAUUAUGCGAAAUUGAUAAAAUACAUAGCUUUGCUCCAAAAAAUUUACGGCCCAAUAACCCUCAUAACGGUGGUCACUAAUGCUGUUAUUAUUUGUACAGUAUUAUUCCAACUGUCACACGCAACUUUUACCAUUUCUGGAAAAUCUAUCAUUCAAUUAUUAGCGUUCUCCAUGCACUUGUCACUGAAAACGCUUCAGACAUUUUUGUACUCAUGGAGCGGUUCUGUUUUAAUAGAAGAGAGUGAAAAGUGUCAAUAUGCAGUUUAUACUUCCAAUUGGUAUGGAAAUAAAAAAUUGAUGACUUCAAUUGUCAUCAUACUCUCACAACGACCAUUAGUUUUGACAGCGUGCAAUUUUUCAAUUAUCAAUGUUAAGGUUUUCGUGAUGGUAUUAAACACAUCGCUUUCAUAUUUUUUUCUACUGCAAACUGUCGAGGAAAAUAAUUCAAAUUCAAAAUAAAGUAUAUAAAAUUUUAUGUUGUUAAUAUAUGAAAUGUUACUGUAGUAAAAAAAUAGAUAAUAUAUUCGAC